ACGGUAUAUUGGAUUGAACUCGUUAGCUUGGCCACUGGAGAGUUGAAUACGCCAUUGAAGGCUGAGAAGAGCGAGCCAAUCGAGUAGCAUUGAGUUGCUACGGAGGGGAAUAAGGGGUCCUUCGUAGCAAAAAGAUAUCUUCAGUUGCUUCAGUUGAAAUUUUUUGGAUUGCUAGGAUUCACUAGACAAAAAAGGAUAAUUUGGCGAUUAACCCUAAAGAAUUGCAUAUACCAGUUACGGAUCGUAGAAUUCGCUCUUAAUGGCGACGAAGAUGGACGAGGACAAAGAGGAACUGAACAUAGUCGCCGCCGAACAACACCGGGAGUUAGCGGCGGCCCGAAUCUUCGUAUCCGACCUGGACCUAGCGUUCCGCCUCCAACUUGAAGAAGCCAUGACUGCCUCUCUCGCAUUUCAGCCCUCCUCCUCCACUUCACCGAUGAAAUCUCAACGACCACCAAUCCUGGUCUCGGACGACUCAGAUGCUGUAAACCUCGUCGACCUCCAAACCCUAGAGCUUGACAAUUACGAGGCUGAAAUCCGCGACCGCGUGGUCAUCGAAACAGAGAAGAUGAAAUUUAAGGAAGAUCUACACCGUCGAAUCCACGAUCAGAAACUAGCUCGAGAGAUUUUGCGUAUGCCAGAGGAUGAGUGGGAAGAGGUCGGCCACAAUUUCGAGCGUCCUUACGGCGAGGGUUCUUCUUCUUCGAAAAGCAAAGACAAUUCAGAGGUUUUUAGGGUUUAUUUCAAGGGUUUGUUGAGCGAGGAGAGAGUUCAUGGUACUAGUUCUUCACAGAAAACAACGACAUUCGCUGGAAUUGGCGUGGCAAUAUGCGAUUCGAGGGAUGAGUUAAUUUUCGAGAUGAGGAAACCUCUAGAUUUGAUUGAAGAUGAUCGUAUUAGCAGGCAGAGUGUUGAGGGGAAGGCGUUGAUUGAGGCUUUGAAUGCUGCCAUUGCUUUGGAUCUCAAGAGAAUCAGGUUCUAUUGUGAUUAUUACACACUGUAUCAAUACGUUAGUGGGAGAUGGCAGCCAAAACAAGCUAAGAUGAAAGCGUUUGUGAAUCAGAUAAAACUCCUUCAAAAAAGUUUCACAUACUUUUCACCCUCUUUUGUUGCUCGAAAAGAUGUCAAAUUUGCAUUCAAACUCGCAAGAGAAGCAAUAGAUUCUCAAAUAAACAAGCCACCGGAAUCAAAUAAUGGCAAUAAGCUUGAACACUGUGUUAUAUGUUUGGAUGAUAAAUCAACAGACCAGUUCUUUUCAGCCGGAAAUUGUAACCACAGAUACUGCUUUUCUUGCAUGAAGCAACAUGUAGAGGUGAAAUUACUCCAUGGAAUAGUGCCUAAAUGUCCACAUGAAGGUUGUGAAUUGGAACUAAAAGUUGAAAGCUGUGAGAUUUUUAUGACACCAAAGUUAAUUGAGAUGAUGAAACAUCGAUUAAAGGAAGCUUCAAUUCCCGUGACAGAAAAAAUUUAUUGCCCUUAUCCAAAAUGUUCAGCAUUAAUGUCAAAAACUGAACUUUCAAAGCUUCCAAGAUUUAUACAUGAGAAUGGAGCUAGAACAUGCUGCAAAUGUCACGGUGACUUCUGUGUCAAUUGUAGGGUUCCUUGGCAUAGAAAUAUGAAUUGUGCAGAGUACAAGAGAAGAAAUCCUACACCCCUUGUGGAUGAAUCAAAGCUUAAGAGUCUUGCUGCAAGAAAUCUAUGGCGUCAGUGUAUUAAAUGCAAACAUAUGAUAGAGCUUGCAACUGGUUGCUACCAUAUGACAUGCAGGUGUGGAUAUGAAUUUUGCUACACGUGUGGGGCUGAGUGGAAGAAUAAGAAGGCGACAUGCACGUGUCCCCUUUGGGAUGAAGAAAACAUUGUGGACACUGAUGAUGAUGAUGAAUUUGAUGAUGAUGAUGAUGAUGAUGAAUUUGAUGAUGAUGAAGAAUUUGAUGAUGAUUAUGAUUCUGAUGAUGAUGAAUAUUAUUUCUGAAGAUGGAUAGUUAUUUACUUGAUAACUUUUUGAUUGUAGGGAUGGUUGGUUAGAUGGAAUGGGUAAAAAUAAAUGGUGUUUUUGGUG